GCGAUGUUGAUGAAGCUAUUAGUAAAGCAGAAAAUCGAAAGAAGCAAGUGGAACUGAAAUGCAGAACACUGCAACGGUUUCGCAAACCGUCUGGUGGACGACUACUCAAUCUACAGGAUCCGCCUUCUCCGCUGACUUUCACUGAUCCGCAUCCUCAACCGUCAGUAGUGAAGUACUGUGUCACAUCGAAUCAACAAAUUGAGGAUAGAGGAAGUAAUAAGAAUGAGAGAGACAUUCUGCACCCUCCACAGUUUCGUGAACCACUUAAAAUAUUUCCCACACGUGGGGUUACACCCCUCCGACGAAUACCAACCUCAUCCUCGUCCUCUACUUCCCCUGCUGCUAUCGCCCCAACAGACGGUUCAUCGUCGAUUGAUGAACAAGUAUUUGGCGAUCAACGAGGAAAAUGGAUAUUUCCCACACCCAGAAGCAUUUACGUUGAGGAGAGCCAGCAAACACAUUAUGACCUGCGAAAUAGUCACCGCAAUAAGGGGACUACCGCGAUGCCGGAUGGUGAGCUGAAGCCGCCACAUCAUUACACCGGUCCAGGGAUGUUUAGGGGUCUUUCGCCAAGGUUACCUUCACAAAGUGAUCGUCCACGUGAGUUUCUUCUGUUUUAUCAGUGUGAUGUGAGGCCAUGGGUCAUCAUCGGUUUGGCAUAUAACGCAAAACCUGUAGAUGUGCUUUAUGCAUCACAAAUUGUCAUUUUUUGUAUUAAAUACUUCUACUCCUUAUGGAUGUUCCUCGAAAACACUUUCUGGAAUAACUUUGAGCCAUAUUAA